GCGCGCCACCUACAGCCGGUUGAUGACAAUCGCAAGUACCGUCAACUUUGACUCCGAUUACACGUGAACACACAAUGACUGCCUUUGCAGAAUUUGGUUGUCUCCCUGAGAUUACUCAGGCUGUGGAUGAAAUGGGAUGGCUGUUGCCAACUGAUGUUCAGGCUGAAGCCAUUCCUCUCAUCCUCGGGGGUGGAGAUGUUCUCAUGGCUGCAGAAACUGGAAGUGGAAAAACUGGGGCAUUCUGUCUACCAGUUAUCCAAAUUGUCCAUGAAACAUUGAGAGACAAGGCUGAAGGAAAGACAAAAGAAUCUACUGCUUCUGUUAGCAUGGAUUCCAGCUCUUGGAAGAUGAAUGUUUAUGACAGAGGAGAUGCGAUGGCUAUUGAUAAAGAAGGUCUGCUGUGUCAAAGUCGAGAGAUGCAAUCAUGGCAUGGCACCAGGGCAAAUAAGGGUGUCAGUGGUAAAGGAAAGUACUAUUAUGAGGCUGAAGUAACAGAUGAAGGACUUUGCCGAGUUGGAUGGGCUACCGACAAAGCUGACUUGAAUCUUGGAACUGACAAGCAAGGUUUUGGAUUUGGUGGAACUGGCAAGAAGUCAUUUGGACGACAGUUUGAUACCUACGGAGAGUCAUUUGGAAAGGAUGACAUCAUUGGUUGUUACUUGGAUCUAGAUAGCGGAGAAAUCUACUUCUCUAAAAAUGGCAAAGACCUUGGCUUGGCAUUCUCUAUACCUGGUCAUCUUCUCAAGUCUACCUAUUACCCCACAGUUGUCCUCAAGAAUGCUGAGAUGAAAUUUAACUUUGGUCUCACUCCUUUCAAGAAUUCACCAUUUAAAGGGUACAGUGCUAUCUGUGAAGCGCCUUCAAACUGUGUUGUCAAAUCUCCAAACAUGGGUGGUGGGCUUGCUGGCCCUGCAAAAGCAGCACCCAACGCUCCUCAGGCAAUCAUCAUCGAACCAUCACGAGAACUUGCUGAACAGACUUUGAACCAGAUAAGACUCUUCAAAAAACACCUUACAACGCACUGCCCAAGAGAAUUGUUGAUCAUUGGAGGACAAGCAGCAAAGGAACAAGUAGAUGCGCUCUUUAAAGGAAUUGAUAUUGUUGUAGCCACACCAGGACGUUUAGAAGAUCUGAUGAGUACUGGAAAACUCUUACUGUCACAGGUGAGGUUUUUCAUUUUGGAUGAAGCAGAUGGUCUAUUAUCAGCUGGCUAUGGAAAUCAGAUCACACGAAUGUGGGAGCAGAUUCCUAAGAUCACAAAUGAUGGAAAAAGACUUCAGAUGGUAGUGUGCUCUGCUACUCUUCACUCCUUUGAUGUGAAGAAACUUGCUGAGAAGGUGAUGCACUUCCCAAUCUGGAUUGAUCUUAAAGGACAGGAUAGUGUCCCAGAGACAGUUCAUCAUGUGGUUUGUAAAGUUGACCCGAGGGAGGAUACAACAUGGCAGAGGAAAAGUGAUAAAGUCAAAACCGAUGGUGUCCAUUACGAAGACCCGAUUAGAUGGGGCAGUCAUGACAGAGAGACUCUGUCUGAAGGAGUAAAAAUCCUGAAGAUCGACUAUCUUGUGAAGGCCAUUGACGAACAUCGUAUGGACCAAGCUAUUUUAUUCUGCCGUACCAAGAUAGAUUGUGAUAAUUGUGAAAAAUACCUGGCAACCCUAGGAGGGGGUCCUCGUGCCCUACCCAACCAUCAGUACUCAUGUGUGUGUCUCCAUGGUGAUAGAAGGCCACCGGAACGAAGAGAAAAUCUCCAAAAAUUCAAGGACAAGAAAGCUAGAUUCCUGAUUUGUACUGAUGUAGCUGCUCGUGGUAUUGAUGUUAAAGGAAUCCCAUUUGUUGUCAAUGUAACAUUACCUGAUGAGAAGCAAAACUAUGUCCAUCGUAUCGGACGUGUUGGCAGAGCUGAGAGGAUGGGUCUAGCUAUUUCACUUGUUUCUACAAUCCCUGAAAAGGUAUGGUAUCACUCCUGUCCCAGUCGUGGUAAGAGUUGCCGCAACACUGCCUUGAAGGACCAAGGUGGUUGUUGCAUCUGGUACAACGAGAUGCAGUAUCUUGCUGACAUUGAGGAGCAUCUAGGGGUAACCAUUGAUCAGACGGAUCCCUCCAUGAAAGUAAAAGCUGAUGAGUUUGAUGGCAAGGUGACCUAUGGACAGAAGAGAAAACAUCUCGGGAGUGGCUACAAGGGUCAUGCAGAUGACCUGGCGCCGGCAGUAUCUGAGUUACACAACCUAGAGAAGAGAGCUCAGUCAUCAUUCUUACAGUUUUCUGGCAUCGCUUCAUAAAAAGAUAAAACGAGGAGGGUGUUCCAUAAUCUUUCCUAAAGUUAAAUAUGACUCUGCGAAUGGCUUAUAUCAAUGUUAACCAACAAAUGUUAGCCCGACAAUUAAAGAAAGUAUGACUGUAUUUCUAUUAAUCUCACUGAAAUUAUGGAAAUUGUUAUGCUCCCCCCAAAAAAAAAAAUUGUUUUAAAACUUUAAAGGAUAGUUUGAAUCAGCAUAUUUCAGUUUAUAAUUCAACCUAUAUGUAUUGCAACCAUGCAUGCAUUUUGCAGGUUGGGUUGUAUUUACAGAUGAAAUUGAUCUAAGAAAUCUUUGGCUUUGCAUAUUCCAUUUGUCCAUUUAAUUGCCAUUUGUAACUUGACAAAAUGCUUGAUGUAACAAA